GUUGGUCACACUAAUUCCGAGUUAGUUGUUAAGCACGGUUUUUUGGUCUAACACGUGCGCGCGAAAAAGGAUCUAUUGAAAUCACUAGGAGAACCGGAAUCACAACCAAGAUGCAAAACAACUUUCUCCCACUGAACACACGCCGAUUUCAGCAGCGGGCGCAGGUGGAGACCCCGGACACGGUCUACUGGAAUCGAUUGGCGAAACCGGAGCACCUCAAGGAGCGCAACACCAUCGACUAUGUGGACUUCAGCCCCAGUGAUCCAGAUAAUUUUGUGCUGACCUGCUCGGUGCGCGUGCAGAUCUACAAUCUUGUGACCAAGUUGGUGGUCAAGAAUCUCUCGCGAUUCCAGAAGACCGCCUACGGAGCCACAUUCCGGCAGGAUGGAAGGCUCCUGGCCGCCGGCGACGAGGAGGGCCACGUCAAGCUGUUCGACACCACCAGCCGAAACAUCCUGCGUCUGUUCAAGGGACACACGGCGCCGGUGCAUCGAACCUUCUUCACGGCGGACAAGUUGCAGCUGGCCAGUUUUGGCGAUGACAAGGCGGUCCGUCUGUGGGACGUGGCCAACGAGAAGGUGGUGCAGACCUACGCGGACCACCACACGGACUACAUUCGUGCCGGAGCUAUGCAUCCGCAAGCGGGGCACAUGUUCGUCUCCGGCGGCUACGAUGGCAAGAUCAAAUUGUAUGAUACGCGAGCGGAGACGGUGGUGCAGCACACUUUGGAUCACGGAGCUCCAGUAGAGUCCAUGCUGUUCCUGCCCAAUGGCUCCGUAUUCGUCAGCGCCGGAGGCAACCAGGUGCGUGUUUGGGAUUUAGUCGGCGGUUGCCGACUGCUCACCAUGAUGUCGCAGCAUCACAAGACAGUCACCUGUCUGCGGCUGGGCUCCGAUGGCAGGAGGUUGUUCUCCGGCGGACUGGACCGGCACGUCAAGAUCUACGAUGUGAGCACUUACAAGACGGUCCACACGUUGACAUACCCCAAUGCGGUGGUCAGCAUGGCUGUGGCUAGCGGCGAUCAGGCUGUUGUGGCCGGGAUGGUCGACGGGCUGAUCUCCAUUCGGCGCAUGAUAGUGGACAGUAAGCCCAGUCAUUUAAAAAAGAUUCGCGCGGAUCGGGCCCGCAAGCACCGCAAAGAGCCAAUGCCUCCAAACAACACCCAGCAGGUGGAUCACAACAUCAAGGAUAGGGUCAAGGGACCGGGGCUCAAAACCUUCGAUGUGCAUCUGCGUCAGUAUAACCACAAGAAGGCCCUCGCAGAUGUGAUGGGGUCGAAGAAGAGUGAGCUGCAUCCGGAGCUGGUGGUGGCGGUCAUUAAUGACCUGUUACAUCGCAGACGUCUGGAAAAAACCCUCAUUGAUCGACCCGAUGAAGUGCUUGUUAAGUUCAUCGACUUCGUGUGCGCUCAUUUGGGAGAGACGCGCUUCAUGCGUCCGCUGAUGAUGGCCGCCAGCACGGUCUUGGACAUCUUCGAGCGGCAACUGGUGGCCUGCAGCCAGAAGCUGAUGGAUGCCCUGGAACGGUUGUCCGCCGCUUUCCAGGAGGAGGUGAAGCUAACCACUGAGCUGAUGCGGUUAAAGGGUACCAUGGACAUGCUCAUUGGAGUUUCGAUGGACAGUGGCGAGGUGGUUCACAAACCCACAUACGUGGAGACCAAGGCACCCAAGAUGCUGCCAUCCCAGGCAGCGGAAAAGUACGUGGUCCUGGUGGAGUGACCCUGACCUUCGCCAUUGAACGAUCUGCGCAAAAAGUCUAGCAUUAGUUAGUAAUAUCAUAGUUUAUAUUUCCGAAGCUGUUUAUAUUUUUUUUUAGAAUUUAAUAAAAACGUAUUUUUACUAGAAAAUGCAAAAAA